GCAGGGGUGGGGGAAAUGAAAUACAGAGCGGCUCUUAGAGCUGGCGCUGGAGGUCUGGCGGCUGUAGCAAAGCCUCGUGGCUUUGGCGUGAGGGCGGCUGGGCGCUUGCGCGGGGCGACGGACCCAGCCCGGGACUCGAACCCGCGGCCUCGAGUGCGCCGGCGCGUCCCGCCCCGCCCCGCCGCGGGGUCCUCGCGUGGGGCUGCCCGCGGCUGGCGCCUGACGGCGGCGCGGGGUGACAUUGGCGGGGCCGGCAGCAUGGCGCAGGCAGCACAGAGGCUGGCGCAGCGCAUCGCCACGCAGGGGCCGCAGCUGCUCAGCGCCGCCGUGGCGUACUCGAAGCCGCGCUUGGCCACGUUCUGGUACUACGCCAAGGUGGAGCUGGCCCCACCGACGCCCGCCGAGAUCCCUCGCGCCAUCGACAGCAUGAAGGCCUUGGUCAGGGGCUUCCAGAGCGGCCGGUUGGCGCAGCUCACCGUCAAGGAAGCAGUGAGGAAUGGUCUGGUGGCCACGGAGGUGCUGAUGUGGUUUUACAUCGGGGAAAUCAUCGGCAAGCGCGGCCUGAUUGGUUACAAUGUCUGAAGGAAGACUUCCCCCACCAUCCCUAACACCAUCCCUGGAACCACGCUUCCUGGGUCUGUAGCACUGUCUGUGAUAAUAAAGGAGGCAGGAACUGA